UCCGCGCGCCCUGACAGAGGUAACGGACUUCAACGUUUGUUGGACUGUUUAAAAAAAAAAAAAAAAGAAAAAAGAAAAGUCAUGGACCGGGCUGUUUUUUGCGCUGGUUUUCCAGUCAGGAGCGGACUGACGGCGUGUGAACGCGUCUCUUUUUCUGCCUUUCCCGCAGGACAAUCGUUUCAGCUCGGAUUUUAUCUCCAGGAAAACUGAUUCCGGAGUUUAAACCCACUGCCCGACGCGUACUUGUGUGGGAAUGUAACGUUGACUGAGCUCAUCUCAAGCUCUGAAAGCCUGUUGAAUAACGUUCCGUUUGUUUUAAUGGAUGUAAAGACACGGUUGGAGUAUUUACGCACAUUUUUCUGAUUUUUUGUUUUGUUUUUUUUUUCCUUUGGAAGUGGAUGUGGACGGUUCUCAUCACCUGAAAGCGGCGGAGAAUGCUAUUACCUGCCCAUCUCAGCAGUUUGAAUAGUUCUGUUGUGUUUAUGUGAAUUUUAAAAAUAAACAAUAAUGAUUUCAGAGGAGAGAAGCAGCCACGUAAAUAAACAAGCCCUGAACUUCCCUGUGGGCUUACUGAUCCGCUCUCCGAAGAGGCGACUGGCCAAACUGGGAAGGAAACCCAGCAAUGGAUCUGUGCAGUCCAACACCUCGGACGUCACCGUGCGCUCCACAGAGAGCGUGGGCGUCCGGCAGCCGGCCAAGAGCAAAAUCCGCCGCCACAACAACAGGUUUUCAACUGUUUUCAACCACAGCCCCAACCUGCGGGACAGUGGACGCCGGGGCCAGGCGCAGGGCAGCGGGAGCCUGCCAGGAGACCUCCAGGCUGCAGACGACCCGGCCGAGCUGUCCAGCCAAAUGUCUGUCCCCGGCAUCCUGAAGAUCUUUGGCAGCGACAUCUGUCAAGGGACCAACUACAAGAGUGUGCUGGCCACCACUCAGUCCAGUGCAAAGGAACUGGUGAAGGAGGCCUUAGAGAGGUACUGUCUGGAAAAAGAAGACCCCAACGACUAUGUGCUCUGCGACGUGAUUGGCCAGACGGGUGCCGAUAACCAGUGGAAGAGGGAGUGUUUUCGGGUGGUGGGUGACAACGAGAAGCCCCUGAUGCUGCAGUCGCUUUGGAAACCCAAGGAAGGCUUCUCCAGACGUUUUGAAAUCCAGCUGAGAGCGAGUGUUGAAGAGCAAAGCUUAAAGGACAGGGACACAGUCACAGCAGGCAUCAAUGCUCAGGCUCGUAAGCUGCAGAAGAGCCGCUCCAGAGUGACCUCUCUGUUCGUGGACGGUAGCAGGGAGGACGUGGACGGACUCGAGAUCUGGAGGAGUUUGAGUGAGAUGGAUCUGUCUGCGAUGGGGAAGGAGGCCAGCAGGGCCCAACAGAGCGCGCUCAGGGAAGAUCCCGAGGCCGAGGCCGACAAGGAGGUGCUGCGACUCGGCAUGGAGAAGGAGGAGACGGAGAGCAGCGAUGACAACACCACCCAGUACUCCAUUCACCCACCCUUCGACUUUCCGUACUUCCUCCUGCUGCAGGGCUACAGCCACAGACAGGAUUUUGUCAUUUACCUGAUGAGCGGGACGACCACCAUCUUUGGCUGCUGCAGGGAGCACUGUAACGGUGAGGAUGAGGAGAGACUGAAGGUCGACAUCCUUCUCUUUGCUCCUGAUGUGUUGCCUCAGCACUGCUGCGUCAGACGCUUGGAUUCUCACAACCAAAGCUCCACAGGGGAGCACAAAAAGACAUUGACAAUGCUGAAGCCCCUCCACGGUGCUCCUGUGACCAGGAAUGGUUUUCUCCUUAAAGAGGAGGUGGAACUGAACCCAGGGGACUUGGUGGGUUUGGGGAAACACUACCUGUUCAUGUUUAAGGAUCCUACCACCACAUCAGGAUCCCUUCAGACGCCUCCUUGGAUGACCAGCCUCUGCCCAAACUCUGAUACAAAGGCGUCAUCCUCUUGUUUAUCAUGUGGCUCCUCUAACUCCAUGAAAAGGUCUCAGAGGAAGCCUUUGCCUCCUUGUUGGAGGGACCUGGAAGGCACGGAGGCUUUACUAAGCUAUGAGCUGGAACAGGAGGAAAGAGUCCUGCAGGAGAUAUUGGUCAUGCUGGACCCCAGUGGGAACGAACCAAAGCUGACGCCUGCUUUCCUGCUGAGCCUCUGCAUCCAGCACUCAGCCUCCACAUUCAAGCUGACCCACUUCAGGCAGCUGCUGCUCCGGAUCGCCAGCCAGAUCCAGCUCAUCAUGUGGGAGAAGACAAAGGAACUUGCAGCGAUCCAGCCUGACACGAGCUCCAGUGAUGGACAGCAGGAUCAUGUUCAGCUCCUCAGCAUGGAGGAGCUGAUCCCAGGUCUGCAGCCGCUGGUGCUGUGGAUGGCCAACUCCAUUGAACUGCUGCACUUCAUCCAGCAUGAGGUCCCUCAGCUGCUGCCCUGGAGGCAGGACCAGGAGGACGAAGGUCUGUUGGACUCUGAGAUGUCAUCCACUCGGACAGCCUGUGAGGAAGCCAUGACAGUCCUGGAGGAAGUCAUCAUGUUCACCUUUCAGCAGUCCGUCUACUAUCUAACAAAGAGCAUGUACUCAGCACUGCCUGGUCUGCUGGAUGGGAACCCGUUCUCCGAGAGCGGCCAGCUGCGAGUGCCCGAUGGACUCAGCGGCAUACUGGAGGUGCUGAAGGAGGCGCUGAAGCUUCUCACAGCUUUCCAGGUGCAUCCAGACAUCUCUCUACAGCUCUGCGCCUACCUGUUCUUCUUCAUCAACGCAUCGCUGUUCAACGCCCUCAUGGAGAGAGGAUCUGUUGCUGGGUUCUACCAGUGGUCCCGAGGUGUUCAGAUCCGGGCCAACCUGGACCUGCUGAUGGACUGGAUCCAGAGCAUCGGACUGGGCGAUCUGGCCGCCGAGUUCUUCCAGAAGCUUUCUGCUGCUGUCAAUCUGCUGGCCACACCCAAAGAAACCCUCCUGCAGGCGUCCUGGACGUCCCUCAGGACUGAGUUUGCUGCCCUGAACCCUGCCCAGCUGCACCACAUGCUGAGGGAAUAUAACUCUGGUAAAGCCUGUCCCACUGGGUGGACCCCGACAGCGGAUGAUGCUCAGAAUGCUGUCAGGACAAGCGAUAUCCUGGAGAGCUUCGACAGCCACCCGCCGCUCAUCCUGCCCAGCAGCACGUUUCACCUGGAGCUAGGUAAACCCAUCGUGGAGCAGGCUCUGUUCGAACAGCUCAGUCAUCUGCAGGAGUCUAUUCGACAGUUCCCCUGCAGUGAAACCAAAGCCCAACCCGAUGUGGAGGAACAGGCUCUCAAUGGGACGACCACAGACAGCCAGUCUACGCCCUCACCCUCUGUCAGAGUCUUCCAGGAUCCUGCUCAUCAGGUGGUCUCUGACCCAGUUCCCUGCCCCUCCCCUGAGGGAGACCCGGACUGCCCUGCCCCUGCAGAGCCCGCUCAGGCCCGAGAAUCUCACGGCGACCUGAGCAGCUGUGAGGCGGUCCUGACCCAGAAGCUGAAGAGCCUGGAGCUGCAGAACGCCCUGCCGGGUCAGGCCGACAUGGGCUACCACAAGAGCCUGGCUCUGGACCCGUCCUGUCUGCUCACGCCACCCAACACCCCCCAGGGUAUGGAGCUGGCUGAGCUGGAGGCUGACCUGCAGGAGGGCGCCCGCCAGCAGAAUAAAGCCAGUGGAUGUGCUGAGAGGAAAACAGAAAGUGUGGCAGAAGGAGAAGGAGAGAGGGAGGAGGUGUUCACAGUGGAGCUUCACAGAGGACCUCAUGGUCUCGGGCUGGCUCUCGUAGACGGAACGAAAACACCACUGAGAAUGAGCGGGAUUUAUGUGAAGUCAGUGGUUCCCGACUCUCCUGCUGCUCAGUGUCAGAAACUGAGAACAGGCGAUCGGAUACUGGCCGUGAACGGCAUCAGCUUGGUCGGCAUGGAGUACAACGUUGGUAGAGAACUGAUUCGAUCGUCAGGAGACUCGCUCAAACUGCUCGUCGCCAAGAUCGACUCAAAAACAAGCAGCAAGGUCUCGACAAAAUGCUGAAGGAAAACACGCUGGCGGACGAUUAAGUGCAAUUGGGAAUGCCAGAGGACGUGAGGUUCGUUUUUCCUGCCGCUUCCAACGUCAGUAUUUCUCACAGGAUGGAUUCCCCGACCAAAGGAAAACACACUCCCUGCUUUUUCAUUUCAGACUCAUUGUGAAAUAGAGCUGUUGUGUGUGUAAAAAUCAUCAAGACAAUCAACCAAAGCAGCAGGACUGACUCACUGUGCUCAUACCAAACACAGACUGUGGGCAUUUUUCUGGCAGACGAAUCCUGAAGACAAGUUUUUAAAAGCUCAUUUUGCUGUCGCAGCUUCUCUGUGGCCUAUAAACAAACCGUCGGGCUCCGCUCCGCACUCGUAAACUAAUGAAGGUUUGGCGGUGAAGAAAGUCCUGAAACGUCUGUUUGUCUGUGAGGACUCAGUUUUCUGUCUGAAGAGCUGCUGCAGCAUCACUCGUGUCUGGGAUCAGCUGGAUUUAUUCUCAAAUAAAUUUUUAAAUUAUAGGUUUUAAGGCUAUUUUAAAAACUGUGAAAGAGUAUUUUUAGCAUCCAGUCCCAAUGACUCAGAAAAUCAGAUUCAUCUACCAUUGGGCUUCAGGGAGAUAAAUAUACUGGAUUAAUAAUAACAAUAGUCUUUUACAGGCAUUUACAACAAUAAGCCACACUAAAAAGCAGAAUUAUUAAAGUCACUACUGGGAGAAAUCAAUAUGGCUCCUCUUUUCUUUGCAUUGUAGCAGUUGGACAUUUUCACUGUGGCCUUUAGAGCAUCACACAGAUGCCCCUGUCAACAACAGGCCUCAGCAACAGGAAUCAACAGGUGGAUCAACAUCUUUUCUCCACUCUGCAGUUUUUGUGGUGUUUCAUGCUUUUACACUGAAAGUGUAAUUUCUGUAGUGGUUAAACUACAGAGAUUUAGCACAUGAAUCUGCAGCUGCCUUCAGCUUUAUGAAGCUUUCUUUUCUGUCCACAACACGACUUUAGUGUUUCGGUCUCUCUCGCCACUGUCGCAGUGCUGUUUUCUGAGAAAAAGCCUGUGAACAUAGCGGAGCAUUUAGCAGCUAACGAGCCAGACAUGUCCCUCAGGAGCUGGUGGAGACCAAACACAGAGCUAAAAGAGAGGGAAUACUGAAUUACUGGAUGUGGAAAUGAGGUGAACACUUUGAAAAUGGGACAGUCUGUCAGUGGAGACAUUUAUAUUCAUCUCCACACACGCAACAUGUACAUUAGUUAUAUUAAUACUGUUCCUUCAGAACCUUUCUGUCGAUGGUUUGGGCCCAAAUCACAAAACACGUGAGAGUUACUGCUUUGGAAUCAGCUGCCGGCCUCUUUCAGCUCAGAGAACAAACAUCAGCAGAUAUUUUUAUAAAGAUUUUUAACAGUGUAAAACAACAAACCGCUGAAGCCCUGAAGUCUGUGUGUUUUUACCCCUAAAUGUAAACAGUGUUAAAGUUCAAGUGUAUUGAAACGCAAAAAGUAUUCAGUUUUUUAAUAUUUAUAUUGCGCAGUAUUUUUGAACCUAUUGAAUAAAAACUAUUUUCACUUUGAAAA